CGUUUUUUUUGGCAAAUGAAGCAUCUGUUGAAAAUCGGUCAGUUCUGCAAGUUUUUCCCUGGUGCGGUGCAGUAGGAGAAAAGAACAGUUAAUAAAAAUGGUUUGUGGAUAAUUGAGACGAUUGCAAUACGUAAAUUGAUCUGCGAUCAGUGUGUCGAAUCCGAAUUUCGUGACGGAAGCAACCGAAAACAGCGAUUCUAGUCGAUGAUUGUGUUAUCAAAACAUCAGCUGAUGCAUUGUGAUGAUUCGAAAACGGUGUGAUAACAGUUCGAACGGGUACUAUAUUGGGCGAUCUCUUCUAAAAUAGCUGGAGCACCAAUGAGUGCAAAACAGAGUGCAUUUAGUGUGAAAAAUUGCCUUUGCGUUCGGUGCUGGUGCAUUGCGAAAAAACAACAAAUCCUGUAAAGUGUAGUGCCGUGCGUAGGAGAGACAUCAGAACGCGAUGGCUGUGUCUAAGUUUAGUGACGUGGACGAGUAUGGAUUCAAGCGGGAACCGGAUUUCGAUUACCAGUCGUAUGAGAAUAUUAUGUCCAGCUAUCUGUCGGUGCUCACCACCCGCAGCAUGCGAUGGCAGAAGUUUCUCAAGAGUGCGGACAUGCUGAAGAACCGUUCCAAAUUGAAGCGCUUCGUACGCAAAGGCGUGCCAGGAUCGCUCAGGGAGGAGGUGUGGAUGAAAACGUCCGGCGCGCAGGAACUGCUGCAACAGCAACCAAAUCUCUAUCAAACGCUGCUCACAUACGAAUUUGACCAGGAAAUAUCGGAUCAAAUCAAACUCGACCUUCCGCGGACGUUUCCAGACAAUAUCCAUUUCGAACAGUAUCAGUUAAGCUUGUACAAUGUGCUGAUCGCAUUUGCCCACCACAAUCGCACGGUGGGGUACUGUCAGGGCCUAAACUAUAUAGCUGGGUUGCUGUUACUGGUGACCAAAAAUGAAGUGUCUUCAUUCUGGCUGCUAAAAGUGGUGGUCGAAAACAUCGUCCCCCUAUAUCACACCAAAACGAUGGAUAAUCUCAUCACCGACAUUGAGGUGCUCAGUGAACUGAUCCGUCUGCGUGCACCGGACGUUCAUCGGCACAUCUUCGAUCUGGGACUGCCCUGGCCUGUGAUAGCAACCAAAUGGUUCAUCUGCCUGUACGCCGAGGUAGUUCCGACCGAAACCGUGCUCCGGAUAUGGGACUGUCUGUUUCUCGAGGGCAACAAGAUUUUGCUUCGCGUUGGCCUUACGAUAGUGGUGCGGCUUCGGCAGGACCUACUAGCGACCGACGAUAUCUCCACGCUGAUCGGGCUGUUUCGUUCGUUGGAAAAAUCGCACGUGCUCAUGGACUGUCACGAGUUUAUGAAGAGCAUCUUCAAGGUUCCGGGUAAUUUGCGUCGCUCGCAGCUCGACGCUCUGCGCCAACGGUUUUACAGUGAACGGAUGGCCAGCAAAGCGAAAGGUUCCUAGGGGUUGGAGAGCUAUAUUCAGAAGAGAUACAGACUGAAUAUAGUGUAGACCAAAGCUGUGACUGGCAGUCGGUGCUGCCGAGUAAUCAAAAACGAACAAAAAGUGGUCGGGAGAUGGAAACGAUCCUUCCUCUCGACCCGUCAACUAUCGAAGGAAGGAAAGUUCCUUUGUUUAUUUAAUCAUCUCGAAAGCUAAGUAUACAUGCCACCGAGACAUACGUACAUGAUUAAGCUUUAAAAUGCAAUUGGCAGCUAUUUUAUAUCGCUGUAGCUCAUAACGGUCCUGCAACAUAAUUUUCUACACUUGUUUGGUUCCCACUAAUUAUUGACCUACUUAUUGAAUGCAUUUAGCCCCAAUUGUGCUGCUUUUCGUAUCGGUUCAAUCGGAACUGUCCGUACCAUAAUUUUAGUGCUACAUUGCAUUAGCUUCCUAAUCCUAAUGUACAUUAUCAGAUACUCAAAUUCAAAAUGACGAAGUAUUUAUUAACCCAUAACGAACGUUUUAAAAUAUUGACGUCCCAACUACUGUGGACGCAAAUAACCUUUUACACUUUUCAACUUUCGGAGAAAAAAACGCCAAAAACCUAGCAUAAAUAAGUGCAAACGGUGUAACAACUAAAAUCAAACUGCCAGUAGAAUAGAUCAAACGUUACUCGCUCUAAGCAUUAUCAAUCAGGCGGGACAAUAAAAGCGCGGUGCAGCCUAUAUCGUUUUUUUGUUGUAAGUUAAGGAAUUAAAUAAAAUUUCAAAGCGUUGUGCAAUUCUAUACAACUUCA